GUUAUGGCGUCCUUUACGGUGAUCGCAUGUUCUUUGUAUUUCAUCGUUGUAAACCAAAUGGAGUGAAAACAUUCCUUGCGAGCUGACCGUGGAUUGAUAUCAUAAUCGUCGUUGGAGAAAUAAGCAGACGGUAAGAUGGAUACUACUGAUAGAGAUUUUAAAAAAGCAGCUGAUAUAGAGCAGACGGCCUUAAUUGGCAAGAUGCAUAAAAUGCAGUGGCUGAAAAGUAAUUCUCAGCUGUCAGGCCACAGAAAAGUACAUCCAGGCAAAGAAUUAAUAUCUGGUACUGUUGUUAGUACAAUAAAUGAAGGAACAAAGGAGGAAAGUGAAGUUGCAUCGGUUAACGUUUGUUCAAGCAGUGCUGAGUUAAGGAAGAUCGAUUCUGUUUUGGAUAAAAGUAUAAAUGAGGACAACAGUGUUUUAAAUAAAGAACCAGCUGAAUUGUCUUUAAGUACUGGUGAAUGCUCUGGAAGUAUGGAUACCGUUUGGAAUAAAGAUGUCAAUGCAACUAACCAAGUUCUCAAAGUCCCAAAUCCUCAAACGCUAGCUUUGGAAAGGGUGGAUGAGAAAAAGGUGAUUGAUGUGUCCGAGGAUAUAGUCAAUGUGCAAUUGGAACACCUUCGACUCGAAGAGAAGGAGAAUAAGUCAGAUAAAUUGGAUAACGAAGCUGAGAGUUACUGGAAUCACCUUAAUGUGUCUGACCUGUCCAAGUCAGAUAACAGUAUAAAUAAUCAAAUGAACCCAAAGCAAUGUCACGAUAACAAUAAUAACAAUGCCAAAUCUAAAAGUCAAUCACCGUUGGAAGCUAAGAAAAGUAUACAAAAGACAACUACGAAAGUUAAUAUUAAUAGGAGGAUAAGUGAUCCGAAAAUCAAAAAGCCAACAGCUGUUACAGGCAGCUCUUUGAAAGAGUCUGGCAUCUCGUUGAAACAGGGUUCGAAAUCUAAAGAUGAUUUAUUAAGUAACGACGAUGGUACAACUUCUACUGAUUCGAAGAAAAUAAGUGUAGGAAUAACUCCUAAGCCUAGCGAUAAAAAAGUCAAUGGAUGCAAUAAGAAUCUAAUUGUAGUUAAAGAAACGCGAACGAAAGAGCAGCAGUUUUCUAGACAACAUACUUCCACGCUAGGCGAUACUCCUAAUAAAAGACGACCUUCGAUGGAAAAAGACGAUAAAACUAAAUCUCUCACGCCAUCCGCUACGAAAUUAAAACCGAUGAGGAGCGAAUCAGAUAAAAGAAGUAGCGAGACAGCAGAUGAAUCGAAAUGUCAUAAGGUUCAAGUAAUGCGUACCCAGUCAUACAACGUUCAGUACUAUAGAAACAAACCAGUAAUAAAACCACCACGGUAUGUAAGAAACGCAGCCAAACCGGAAGAAGAUACUUCGGUUCAGGGUUCGCCUGGUUUUAACAAUAACAACGUGCCAACUGAAAACGCGACGAAAAAAAAGUUUGAAAGUCAACAAUCCUCGAUAAAUAAACAAGUUAGCGAUACACAAUCUAAUCAAACUACAUCGGGAAAGAACGCGAGGAAUUCGAACGUUUCUGAAUAUAAUUCAAAUGAUAGGAGCCUCGCGAAAACGAGUUCCGCGCCGUGCAAGCGAAGUUAUCAAAAUUUAACCACCAUAAGAUAUUCGACCGAUAGAAAUUUUAAAGAUGAUCAAACAAGUUAUCAGAAGUUUAAGAAGGAUUCGAACGUUUACAGACGAUCUUCGAGUAAUUUUCAGAUGUCUAAAGACGAGAAAACAGACGAGCAGAAGAGGAACGUAAAUACGGGUAAUAAUUUAACGAAGGAUCAUGGAGUGAAUCGUCUCAGCUCGGGAGAUCCGAAAGGACGUUCGCAACCCGAUGGCUCAAGGUUAACUGUACAUCCGCAUAGGACAAAUGAUGGUGCUAGUAAUACGACCAAGACUGAUACAUCAGAAUCAAUCGCUGUAAAUAAUGUACAGUCUGCGAAGCCAUUAAAUUUUUCGAAUGGUACCAAAGAUUCUACGACUAGAAAUACGUCUACACCGCAAGAUGGAUCACAAGCUCUGCGGUCUUGUAACGAAACUGAAGUACAAUUUUUAAAGACUGAACAAGAGGACACUAGUAAUAAUAAUACGAAUGACAAAACAAGUGCUUCUAGCUCCGAGACAAAAUCAGUUAAAUUCUCCGACAACAUUCAAGAAAUCGCCGUUUCAACGUAUCAUCCUGCGAUGUCGUAUUCCAACAGCGCCGUGAAUCAAAGUAAGCUUCCGGCAAGCCCAUUUUACCCCGACGUACAAACUGCAUCAAACGCUCAACAAAUAGAGAACCAUCAAAGCGUACAAAAUAAGACUUAUUUCGACGAUAAUAAUGCUCAAUAUAAUAAGAAUUGUACAGACGUUCGAAGUAUCGAAAGAGAUUUACAUAUGUUGAAUUUAGCGCAACAGAAAGCCGAUAAAAAUUCGCAGAUCCCGUCGUCGCAGUCGGUAUUACCACCUAGUAGCAGCUUAAAUUAUCAAAGUCUGCCUGCGAUGUAUCUGAAUGAACAUAGUAACGCUCAGACUGUGCCAAGGAAAACGGCUGAGAGUACGAUAGUUUCUCAGAGCACCCUCAUCCCAAGUACCUCUUCAUACGCCGCGGAUACUCAAAACAUGACUCAGACCGAUCCUUCGAAUUUACUGAUGCACAAUACUCAAACGUCAGUCUUGCCACCAUCCGGCUUUCCAUGUACCGCGCAACCGAAUCAAUGGAAUUUUCCAGUCACGGACAUGUACCUCGUAGGCAACAUGAUGAACCCUGCGCUGCCUUUUCAGAACUCGAGACACGCGUGCAACGCAGAUUACAGCAAUAUGCAGCAACCGGGUUAUGUUCAUCCGAUGUUCUACAUGCCACCGUUGUGCAUGCAGAGCUGGAACCCGUUGCUACAUUACCCGGCACCCUUGUUCCAAAACACGCCGUACACAAACGCGUUCUCCAAUCAAGUGUUACCAACGAACAACUUGACGGAGUACAUGAAUUGUGCCCCGCCAACAUCUAUGCAGAACGUCCCUUACAAACCCUAUCAACAGAUGCAAUCGUUGGAAAACGCUCCGAACUUCACUGUGCCGAUGAAGCUCGAUAACUACAUGGGGAGCGCACAGGGCUCCAAAUCGAACGGCAGGAUGAAGGAUAACGACAACGGGGAUUAUCAAAUGAGAGCUAGUCAGUAUAGAGUUCCGAUGUCAAACGAAUAUCAGAAUUGUUCGCAGGACGGCCAAUUGAUCUCGUACGCGAUCAUGGACUCGGUCGCGAGGAACGUACCCGCGAGCGUGCACGUCAAUCAGAAGUACUCUCCGUGCACCCCAACUACUGCCAAUUACUCAAGGAUGCCGGACAUGUAUCACAGUAACCGGGACGCGAGCAGUGGGAGGCAGGACGACUCAGAAUGCGCGCAGCCUAUGAUAUCACCAAAAGAUGUUAUGAACAUGAAUUACGGUAUUAAUUACUCACGAAAGACUGAUAACGUUCAGAACUCAUACGGGCGCGCGGAGAAAUCCGCGGCUCCGAUAUACUUCGCGAACAUGCAUCAUUACACCCCUCAUUAUCAGAAGAAUGCUACUUACCAUCAGGCGUCGCCGAAAGAGCCUUCGUCCAGGUUGAACGUGGGACGCGGUAUGCGUAAAAUGGAUCAAUAAGCCUAGGAAAAGCGGCGAGGUAACGGUACAACAUACAUAUAUAUUUACUGUUUUAAAUAAUUAGAUGAUUGAGCGGUACAAAAAGAGUGACAUUGCACGUUUACAUCUAGACAAUUUUUAUCCGUUUGCAUCAUCGUUAUCCUCACGUAUGUAUAUGUAUGUAUAUCGUAAAGAUUUUCCUGUUUCUUUCAAUUGAUCCAGACGUGACCGUCACACGCUUCGUGUUAGAUGUAUCGCAUAAUUAGAAAAUAGUUCUCAAAGUUCAGAAGCUUCAACGAAGGAAAAAAAAGAGUUAAAUUUAUAUACAGUACUGCCACUUUGUUGGAAGAAAGAUUAUGCGAUGGCUCUCAUCUCGUUUUUCCUAUCGUAACAGUGUGAAAGUAGCAAAUCUAUUUUCUAGAUUCCCUUCGGAUAUUUAUAAUCCACGUAUUAUUAUUAAUAGGCAUUGAUGUUAAUCGUUACUUGGAUUCUACGUACACUCUUGAGGAGUAAUCAGGCGCUCGUUUCUAAGCGUUUCAUCCGCGAUACGUUUAAUUUCUGCGCGACAGAAACGUGUGAUUAAUUGACUAAUGAUUUACGAGAGUGGAGAUCCUUUUGUUUCAGUUCCUACGACGGAAAGUAUUAUCGAAUGAUUCAACUUUUAGUUCGCGUUUAAACAAAUAUAUAUACUUCUAUUCCUUUCAUUUUCCGUUAAGCUAAGUUUUUUGUGAUCAACAUGCCGUUAGUGCUUAAGCUUUCUCUUCAGUAAUAAUAACGUUUGAAAUAAUUUAAUUUCCCUGACGCUGAUACAUAAUAAUUUCUUUAUUUUCAUUUUGUAUUGAAAGGCAAAG